UAUUGUUAUUGGUAGUGGACAUCGCGUAAUAGCAUUAUGAUUAGAUACCGAUAUAUUUUCUGCCAUUCAACUUUACAAAUUGAAUAGAGCGCAAUAUAACUAGUUACAUUUUAAUUUAGAAAUGUGCAUAAUAUAAUAGUUACUUCCACUAUGAGCCAAAUGUUUAUUAAAUCAAAUAGUGCCUAUUAUAAUGUGGAUUAUCAAUAUACAUCUAUUCAAAACAAAGAAAACGAUGGAGGCAAGAUGCAAGGAAGUCAAAGAGUUGUUAUGUUCUGUCUGCUAACAACAGUAUUGCCUGCAAUAUUAAUCAUAUCACCACUGUACCUCAGAAACAUAAGAUAUGCUGAUGUUAUGUAUAAAAUGUCUGACUCAGAUGUAAUACAAAUUCACAAAGGACAGUCAUCAAUAUUUUGUGAAAAACAUUCCGUAAAAAUGAACAGCAGUUUUAAUGCAUUCCAAAUGAAGGGGAGACCUACACUAGCUAAUAACACGAGACAUAUAAGAUUAAGAAAAUCUAUGACUUUACCUGAUGAUACUUUAGAGUAUUGGGGAUUUUAUCUUUUUGCUGGAGCUACAGUCGAGUUAAAAGCUUGUUCCAGGUAUGACGGUUCAAAAAUAUUGGUUGUGAAAGGUGAAAAGAUAUUUAAUACAUGUGGCAUUUUAGAAGGUAAAUACAAAAGAGAUCCACUGGUAGUUGAAAACCAUGGCCACGUCUCUGUAACAUUAGAAAAUCCUAAAGAUGAUAAAAGAGAAAUUAUUGGGCAAAGUUAUGAUAAUCCAAAUGAAGUGUGGUUAAAUGAUUAUGUAUCAGAUAAUGAAAAAAAAACAAAACAUAAAAGAGAUGUUGUACUCCCUCCUUUGCACAACCCUAACACUGUUUUGGAUGCUGGAGUAAAUCAUGGAGGAAAUGCACUUAACAAUUCUAUAGGAUCUUUGGAAGAUAAAUCUGUUUCAAGUUUUGAAAGCAGUUUAUAUGAAUGCUAUAAUGACAAUAUAUUAAUGAAUGACUUUUUCCCUUAUUCCAUGCAAUGUAACAAUACGAAAUAUUUAGAGGAUAUAACAACACUGAAAGUUGUCCAUGAAGUGACAUCAGAUGGAUAUUAUUAUUAUAUUUUUUAUAGUGAUAAUGAUUUUGUUAAUAAUGAUAUUCAUGCAAUUUUUGAUAUUUUCAAACCAACAUUCCAGUAUUCAAAUAUAUCAAACUCUAAAAUGUGCCUCAACAGUACAGAAUGUGUAUUUAAUGUAGAGAUGUUUAGUGAUGAAUUAGUAAUUGUUGAGGUUCCAACCAAGGAUGGUUUAAAUUAUAAUGAUGAUAAUUUCUUCAUACUGACAUCUGUUUGCCACCCUCGAAUGGCUGUGUACAUUUUCUUCCCAGUGUCUGUUCUGUUGUUGAUUCUAAUUUUUGCAUUUUUAUGAUAUUUAUUGUUAGUAUUUCUUUAUAUUUUGUUUAUUAAGUUUAAUCUGUCGAGAAGUGUGAUAUUAGUUUAUUAAUAUUAAGGAGUACAUAAUUUUAAUUAUUGUUUACAACUGUGAUGAUAAUAUUUUACCUGGUACCUACCUACCUAUUUUUAAUGUUAAAACUUUCAGAAAUUUAGGAUAUAUGCUAAAAUAUGUAUUUGAAUUACAUAGUUGUUAAAAGA